AUGGCGAACAAUCUCAAAGUCAACGAACUCCGUGCGAAGCUUUCCGAGCAUUUUCAGGUGGAGAGGCUUGAAGAGGCUAUUGCAGAAGAUGCAAAGAAGGAAGAAUCCAAGAGCGGUAGGAAAAGAAACAGAGAUUCUUCUGAUGGUACUGACGUUUCAAACAAGUUCAUUACAACCAGAGAGUUUCGUCAGAUGAAUGUGAAGGAGUUGCGUGAGGAAGCUAGUAAGAGAGGCUUAGUUACAAGUGGUAACAUGAAGGAACUUCUUGAGAGGCUAUGCAAUGAUGACGCUGAAGAUGACAAGAAUGGCUUUGAAGAAGAGAAAUCAACAAAGAAGGCAUGA